AUGAACCAGUACGACCACAUCGGCGGCAUGGGAAGCAUCUCCAUCCUGCAGUGCAUCCAGCUGAACAAAGACAUCUACAAUGUGGAGAAAAAGAUAAAGUCUUACGAACGAAAAAUUGAUAUCACCGAAAAUGUUAAGGUUAAGACGGAGAGGAAGCGGGAUGGGACAAAAGGUUAA